AUGCAGUGCAUCACAGUCUCCUGUUCCUUCUUUUCGAAAAACUGCAUCAACAAUGGAGAUGUGGAACAGGCUCCUCCUCUAACAACAGAACCAGAACUCGCGGAACCCUGUCCAAAGCGUCAGUAUGAUGAUGAUGAUGUUGAGGAUAUUCCCGAAGAGGAAGCUGUUCUUGGGAGUGAUGACGAUGAGCAGGAAGAUCCACAAGAUUAUACCAAGGGAGGUUAUCACCCAGUGAAGAUUGGUCAAAUGUAUAACGGUCGUUAUCACGUCGUUCGGAAGCUCGGUUGGGGUCACUUCUCCACUGUCUGGCUUUGCUGGGACCUCAAUACCAAACGGUUUGUUGCCAUGAAGGUGGUUAAAAGUGCCACUCACUACACGGAAACAGCUCUUGAUGAGAUCAAACUCCUGACCUGCGUUCGCGAGGCUGAUGCAAAUCACCCUUUUCGGAACAAGACAGUUCAAUUGCUUGACGAUUUCAAAGUCUCAGGGGUCAACGGAAUUCAUGUUUGCAUGGUGUUUGAGGUUCUGGGACACAAUCUCCUAAAACUAAUAAUCCGAUCAGGGUAUCGUGGAAUUCCAAUUGAGAACGUGCGCACUAUAAUCAGACAGACUCUCGAAGGUCUCCACUACCUUCAUGAGAAGUGCCAAAUUAUUCACACUGAUAUUAAGCCUGAAAAUAUUUUGGUGGCUAUUUCGGAUUCUGCUGUUCGCCGCCUCGCUGCCGGGUCCAUCGAUGCUCAACGUCGAGGGGUUAAGCUUCCUGUUUCAGCCGUAAGUACAGCGCCCAAGGAGGUAAAAAGUGUUGGCAAGCUAAGUAAGGGCCAGAAACGGCGCAUGAAAAAGCAGCAGAAAAGGCAACAGGCACUUUUAGAACAGGAGUUCGAGGAAUUGGAGGAAAUUGAGUGUCGUGAACAAGAACAACGUCUAAGGGAACUGGGUCUCUUGCAUCCCCCUGCCGAAGGGGACAUCGACGAUGGCUCGAUAAAGUCUCGAGAGCGACGUGACGAGACUGCAUCCAUCGAUAAAGUCGAAACAGCGGCCUCCGUGCCUCCUCCAAUUGGCGUAGUCUCCAGUCUGGUUGCCUCUGUGCCUAAGAGAGAUGCUGGUUUUUUACCAUCCCCUGAUGGGGUUACCGCGUCCCCGUCAACUCUGUUUUCCGGACCCAGACACUGUGAAAUAGUCACUGACCCACCUUUCCGUGGUCCCGAAAGCAACCGGCAGAAGACUAAUAUGUUACACUCAAAUGUCAAUAGUGUUGAAUCAUCGAGUGAUUCUUCACCCAAGUCCUGCAACCCGAAAACGACUCUAUCUGAAGAUGUCUUGCCGGACGUAACUUCACCCACCACCCCCGCCAUUCGUCCGAAAAUGGGGUCCCUCAAGGUUACGUCAAGCGACGCUGUUCUGACCAAACGUGCCAGCAUGUUUGUCCGCCCGGUGACAGCAAAUGGGACCGGACUGGUCGAUAAACGCCGUUCCCUCCUCUUGGAGCCCAUAUUCGUGGAGCCUGAUGCCAGCAAGGAGGUCUGCGACAUAGACGUAAAAAUUGCCGAUCUAGGAAAUGCCUGUUGGACUUACAAGAAAUUCACAGAGGACAUUCAGACCCGUCAGUACCGAGCCCUGGAGGUCCUUAUUGGGGCAGGGUACAGCACCCCGGCUGAUAUCUGGAGCACCGCGUGCACAGCUUUUGAAUUGGCAACGGGGGAUUACUUGUUUGACCCUCACACUGGAGAUGAGUAUUCGCGUGACGAAGAUCAUCUUGCACAUAUCAUUGAACUUCUUGGCCCCAUUCCCCGCAAUAUUGUCGCCUCCGGGAAGUACUCGCGAGAAUUCUUCGACAAACGAGCUUGUCUCCGCCACAUACGUGUUUUGAAACCCUGGGAUCUCCUUAGUGUUUUGGUCCAGAAGUACGAUUGGGAGCUGCGCGAUGCCAAACUCUUCACCAGCUUCCUUGAACCCAUGCUCGCCUACGAUCCUAACCAACGGGCUACGGCAUGGGAAUGUCUCCAACACCCCUGGAUAACAGGGGCGCCUGCUGACUUUCUCGAGGGCCCUUUUUUUCGGCAUCCCUGUCACCAAGUGCCACCCACCGACACCGAUCUCCUCCUACAAAGGCCAUCCGCUGCUCUGCACAGUUCAGCAGACGGCGAACUAGAAGUCGAUCAACGCCUUAUUGAUGACAGAUUGCUCUCUGGAGUUCACAUGGCUGCACCGCCUCAGGUGGGCGAGUUCUCCUAUUUUUCACACUCAGCAUCCCAUUAUGCGUCUUCGUCGCAUCCUAGAUAUCAGCCGUACUGUUACUAUACUCCCGAGUCGGAGGAAGGGGAGUUCUUUGAGGCAACUGUGAAGACAGAAUUAGUGCAACACAUGCAGUCCGGUCAAUUUUGCCCCGGCAAUUACGAUCCCCAAAAUGCGGACCAGAACACCAACUUUUAUCCCCACGGUGCCUAUUAUGGACCGCCAAGUCCUGACAGUGCUGGUGGGGGCUGCGAAAUGGGUAGCAAGGGCCACUAUUGUCUUGAUCGCAUUGAAGGUGCCAGUAGCGGGGAGGCCUUCUCCGCAGAAGGUUCUCGAAGUACCACUUCUUCAUCAUCUGACGCUCUCCGAUGCCAUGGGGAGCAACGGCGUGGACUCGGAUAUUGUGGCUAUGAUCCUUUUGAUCUUGCUCCGCCCCCCGACGAUCCAGAGGCCCUCCAGUUAGCCGCUGGUCUUUCACAGAGCCAAAGGAAUAUUCUCGCACAUGCCAUGCAGGUCCUGGGGGCAAAGACGGUUUGGGAGGGUCUCCUAGCUGGAAAAAAACGUCAGCAGACGCAGCAAGUGUCUUCGUCUCAGAAUACUCCCGGAGACGUUGACGGAGUCACAGACAUGUCCCUUGACAAUGGUGGUCAUGAGCACAAUGGCCAUGGCCCAGAAGAAAACAUAUCCAUGAAAAACGGGAGCCAGAAUAAUGACGUUGCCCUAUCGUCUACAUAA